GAGAGAGUCAGAGAGGGAAGUGACGUUCAAAUUGUGCAAUUCAGUCUCUAUCUGGGCGUCGACGGAACUGGAAUUUCCUCAAAAUCUCCACAGGGUGGAAAGACGACCGAGAGAAGAAUCAGAAGGAAAAGCGCAGAGGGCUGUCUGCUGAUCAGGCAAAGACAUGCCAAAACCUCUGUUGGUUACUCACACAAUUAAAUCACAUGGAGUUCAAGUAGUAAGGUUGCAUAUGCACGAUUGGCUCAUACUUGCACUUCUUAUGGUGUUGGAGUUUGUUUUGUCAGAAAUUGUGCCUCCAUUUCAUCGGUUUGUAGGGAAGGAAAUGAUGGUGGACUUGAAGUAUCCACUCAAGAACAACACUGUACCCUCUUGGACUUUACCUAUAAUUGGAAUUUUGGUGCCUUUUGUCUUCAUCUUUGUGUACUACAUAAUCAGAAGAAAUGUUUAUGAUUUUCAUCAUGCCACACUUGGGCUUCUGUUUGCUGUAUUCUUUACGGGAGUUAUAACAAAUGCUAUUAAGGAUGCCGUUGGUCGACCUCGGCCUGAUUUCUUCUGGCGGUGUUUCCCUGAUGGAAAGGAUGUGUAUGAUCCUCUCACAGGCGGUGUAAUUUGUCAUGGGCAAGAUAAUCUCAUGAAAGAUGGACAUAAGAGUUUCCCUAGUGGACAUACUUCUUGGUCAUUUGCAGGAUUAGGAUUCCUUUCCCUCUACCUGUCUGGAAAAAUUCAAGCAUUUGAUCAGAAAGGUCAUGUAGCAAAACUCUGUAUUGUAUUCCUGCCAUUGCUGAUUGCUGUUCUUGUUGGAAUUUCUCGGGUGGAUGACUAUCGGCAUCACUGGCAUGAUGUUUUUGCUGGUGGCUUUCUAGGUAUGACAGUUGCUACCUUUUGUUAUUUGCAGUUCUUCCCAGCCCCAUAUCAUUCACAUGGUUGGGUACCAUAUGCAUAUCUCCAGUUGUUGGAAGGUUUAGGAAGGAACCGGGAAGAAUCAGAUUCUGACUACAUCCCUUUACAACUAACAGAAGUUGGAACUUCGUAACAACAUUCACAGCAUAAAAAAUCAAGAGAAUCUGGCACAAAUGCCAGUUCAUAUGAGGAAGACGGUAGAAUUUGAAUUCUGGUUUCUUCUUUCCCCUUUUCUGCUUGUGAGUCUGUUAAGCUCCUUCUAAAUGCUUGUUAUGGCUUCACAUUCUGGUUUCAGUGCCUAUGAAAAUGUAUAUGCAAUUUUCCAAGUUAA